UACUCCGCGGCGAAAUGGCGUCUGCUUGUUUGUUUCCCCGGCCAAUGUCUCCGCUGCUGUCGCUUCCUCUCCGGCCAUUCCACCACUGUGCCGUUCCCCGAAUCCGAGUUCCCUAUUCGAGAUCAAACGUUUGCGGGACGCCUCUUCCUCCUCCUAAGGUCGCCCUGUUCCCGGAGCUGGCGGCACUCCAGGGCUCUCUCCUCGAUCUCGUCCGGGCUUCUCCUCCCACCUGGAACUCGGCGAUUGCCAGCAACCUCUUCGUAUUCAUCGUUGGGUCCCCCAUUCUAUUGUCGGGGCUUACGAUUUCCGGCAUGGGAUCGGCCUUCCUCCUGGGGAUUUUAUCAUGGAGAGCCUUCGGGCCUUCCGGAUUCCUCAUUGUAGCGGCCUACUUUGCCAUCGCGACUGCAGCCACAAAGUUGAAAAUUGCUCAAAAAGAAGCUCUUGGCAUAGCAGAAAAAAGAGGAGGAAGAAGAGGACCAGGCAGUGUUGUUGGCUCGAGUGCUUCUGCUUGUGUUUGUGCGCUCCUAUCAAUAAACAAUAUGUGUGGAGCUUUAUUUGCACGAUUUUGGCAACUAGGUUUUGUUGCCUGCUUUUGCACUAAACUGACCGAUACUGUAUCCAGUGAGAUGGGCAAAGCAUAUGGAAAAACUACGUACUUGGCCACCACAUUUAAGGUAGUACCAAGAGGAACGGAAGGAGCUGUAAGCAUUGAAGGGACUGUUUCUGGAGUUGUUGCAUCCAUUCUCCUAGCUGGCAUUGCUUAUUCUAUGGGACAGGUAGAUUUACCGCAAGCUUCUAUUUGUGUUUUGGCUUCUCAGAUUGCAAACUUUGGCGAGAGUUUAAUUGGUGCUACGCUCCAAGACAAAGACAGUUUUCAAUGGCUGAACAAUGACGUCGUUAACAUUAUCAACAUCUCGAUUGGCAGCAUUUUGGCAAUGUUGUUGCAGCUGCUCAUUCUGACAAAUUGAACACACUCAUUGUUAUAUGAAGAUGCUUAAAUGGAAGGCCUGCCCUAAGAGCAUAAACUGAGAAAGUGAGAAGGCUUGCAUUUUAGAGAAGGUUGGCACAAUUUCUCAUAGAACAAGUGAAUUUCUUUAUUCUGUCAAUCCAUAAUUUUUUUUUGAUAA